AUGUUACGCCAUCGACUCAUCCCAUGUCUUUUAAUGGGAGCCCAAGUGGUGACUGCGCAGUAUACUCCUCAAGAGGUCAUUGUCAACUCGGGACGUCCAACCUUUUUUGACCAAUCGACAUCGAUUCCUGGAAAGAUUGCCAUUGAGGAACAUGUCGGCAACACGCUUUUUAGCGGCACCUUUACAACCCCAUUUGUAAACUGGACCAACGAGGUGAACUUUGACAAGGAUAUUUACAUCGCAGAUGUUAUGAGCAGGAUUACAAAUAUCGACUCGCGUGUGGCGGCCAUGGAUGCUGCCAACAUUAGCAUGUCUAUACUGCUAUUUGGUGCUCCGGGGAUUCAAGGCAUUUUCAACAAGUCUUUUGCAAUCGAGGCGGCGACCUAUGUCAACAAUGAGCUUUCCAGUGUCUACAAGAAUGGCAACUACUCGGAAAGAUUUGGCUUCUGGUGUUCCAACGCUCUGCAGGAUCCUCCCACCGCGGCAGCUGAGCUGGAACGCUGUGUAAAAGAGCUAGGGGGAGUCGGCAGCUUCGUGGGCGGCUACACAAACAACGGCACGAUCGACGACAUUGUUUACUUGGAUGACCCUGUGAAUGACGUAUUUCUGUCAAAAGUGGUCGAGCUUGAUGUGCCCAUUUACCUCCACCCGCGGACACCGCCACCGAGCCAGCAGCGCGUUUACGAGGACUACAACUUCCUCGCGGGGUCGGCUUGGGGCUUCUCUACCGAGACAGCGGCGCACGUGCUCCGACUCAUGCUUUCCGGCAUCUUUGACAAGUAUCCCACGCUACGAAUCAUCCUGGGCCACUGCGGAGAGGGCUUGCCAUUCUACCUCCCACGCAUCAGUCAUCGCUUUCGGCACUUUACCCCAUACUGGGCGGCGCAAGAGUCGCCCCAGUACUAUUGGGAGAACAACUUUUUUGUCACGACCUCGGGUGUACGAGAUGAAGCUACGCUGCUCGAUACACUCAGAUGGACGGGCGAGGACAAUGUCAUGUUCAGUGUCGACUACCCUUUUGAGGAUGACACGGAAAUAGCAUCGUGGUUCGAUCGUCUGGCGAUGAAUAGUCACACCAAGAAGAAGAUGGCAUAUGAAAACGCCAAGAGGAUAUUAAAGCUGGGAAACUAG